AGUCAUUGUGUAGUUACACAAUAUUUGUGUAAUGCAUGAAAACGUACACUGCAGGCUUUCAUACAAGGCCAAUCGCAGAAACCGGCAUUGUUCUUCUGUUUCUAAACGUCGAGGUGUCAAGUCGUGCAUUUGGUGUCCGCGAGUUAAGUUAUUUUACAUAAUUGGAUUUCGAGUUAUCUGAUUAGAGCAACAAACUAAACAAAAUGGCUGGUGUUGGUAAAGAAAAUAUUGCUGAACAACUUGAGAAGGUUUCUCUUAAGAGUCCAAGCAAAAUUUUGACGGAGAAGGUUAAUGUUCGUGAAAUGACGAAGGACGAAGAGCUGGUCGCUAAACCUGAUUCUGCUGAGGCUUCCGAUUCUGUCUAUGCAGUAGCUAAUAAGGCUCCGGUUCCAUUCGAUCCUUCUAUUGAGCCUUUACUGCAAGAAAACCCUCGUCGCUUUGUUAUGUUCCCAAUAGAAUAUUACGACAUUUGGGCCAUGUACAAACAAGCUGAGGCUUCUUUCUGGGUUGUGGAAGAGGUUGACCUUGCUAAGGAUUUGGAUGAUUGGGAGAAAUUGAAAGAAAACGAGCGUUUCUUUCUUAAGCAUAUCUUAGCUUUCUUUGCUGCUUCUGAUGGUAUUGUUAACGAGAAUUUAGUGGAGCGCUUCAGCAAAGAAGUUCAAGUUGCUGAAGCUAGAUGCUUCUACGGAUUUCAAAUUGCUAUGGAGAACGUCCAUUCCGAAAUGUAUAGCAUCUUGAUUGACACCUAUAUUAAGGAUUAUGACGAAAGGGAGCGCUUGUUUAAUGCUAUUGAGACCAUGCCAGCAGUAAAGCGUAAGGCUGAAUGGGCACUAGCUUGGAUUUCUUCUAAAAGUGCGAACUUUGGUGAACGUAUCAUUGCUUUUGCUGCGGUUGAAGGUAUAUUUUUCAGUGGAAGUUUUGCUGCUAUUUUCUGGUUAAAGCAACGUGGCAUCUUGCAUGGUUUAACAUUUUCUAAUGAAUUAAUUUCUCGUGAUGAGGGAUUACAUUGUGACUUUGCAUGCCUUAUGUUUCAACACUUGGUGCAACGGCCAUCUAAGCAACGUAUUAUUGAAAUUAUAACAGAUGCUGUUAAAAUUGAAAAAGAGUUCCUAACUGUAGCUUUGUCUGUUAAUCUCCUUGGUAUGAAUUGCAAACUUAUGUCCCAAUAUAUAGAAUUUGUUGCCGAUCGUUUGCUAGUUCAGCUCAACGUUGGCAAGGUUUACAAUAGUAAGAAUCCAUUUCCAUUUAUGGAGUUGAUUUCCUUGGAUGGAAAAACGAAUUUCUUCGAAAGGCGUGUGGGAGAAUACCGAAAAGCGGGUGUGUCCACUAAGCGUAUGGAACGUGUUUUUACGCUGGACGCUGAUUUUUAAAAUGUUUAGCCUUUAAAGUCUGAGAACACUUUUUGACACACACUUAAUAUUGUAAAUAACCACCUAUUACUAAAUUUAAUCUCAGACUUUAAAAAAUUCCUGCUAUUUUGGCAGCGCUUGUAUUUUAAAAAAAUUUAUAUACAAAUACAUAUAGUAUUACCAAAUUGACUUUGUUCUCAUAAAUAAAUAUUAUAAAGCAUUUAU